GAAGAAAAGUUUUUAUUUUCCUCUCAUUUCCUCUAUUUUCCUUUAUUUUCUCUCGGAGCGGUGUGUUAAAAAAUUCGACCUAAGCCCACUUCAUUUCCAAUAGAAGGUGAACAAACGUCUAGUAGAAGGAGAAGGGAAACAUCUACCACGUUCCAAGAACGCAGAGCAAAGCAGGAUCAGUCGUUUGUACAACCUUUCCGUCGUUUGUUGAUUCACCGAUUUUGUCUCUUAAGAUGGCAAAGGCGUUAUCUAAGAUGGUCUUAAAUGGGGUUGUAUCGUUCAAAUCUUCUCGUGCAACAUCAAUGGCUUCUGGAUCAUUGUAUCAUUAUGGAAUGGGAUUCUCAACAACUGCACCCAAUGAUCCUGAUACACAUGAUGAUUUUAAGCCAACUAAUAAGCUUGAGAAUUCAGGAGUCACUCUGAAAGACAUCAUUGAACAGGAUGUGAAGAACAACCCUGUGAUGGUUUACAUGAAAGGUGAUCCUAAUCGCCCUCUCUGUGGAUUCAGCUCACUAGCAGUCAAAAUCUUGCAAGAAUACAGAGUUCCCAUAAGUUCCAGGAACAUAUUGGAAGAUUCUGAGCUUAAGAGUGCUGUAAAAGCUUUCAGCACUUGGCCGACGUUUCCUCAAAUAUUCAUCAAUGGAGAAUUCAUUGGAGGGUCGGAUAUUAUCCUUGACAUGCAUAAGAAGGGUGAGUUAGAGGAAAAGCUAAAGGUAGCAGUUGCAUCAAAGCAGUGACCGAUCUUAAUAUAGAGUCCUUGUGUUCAAGUUGUUAGAUAUUUGUAUCAAAUAAAGUGUAAAGUUUUUUUUGGUUGUUUUUUAUAAAGCUGUUAUUUUAAUGUUUAUUAAACCAUUGUAUUUUCAAA